AUGAACUUCGCCAAGAUCCUGUUCUUCGUAAUGGCCUGCUUUGCCGCCCUCAGUGUGACAUCCGCUAGCCCUAGAUGGAAGAUAUUCAAGAAAAUCGAAAAGGUCGGACGAAACAUCCGUAACGGGAUCAUCAAGGCUGGUCCUGCGGUUGCAGUAGUCGGCCAAGCUACCUCAAUCCAGCUGACGCUCAAACGAAAGCUCUUCACAGCCAUGAACUUCGUCAGGAUUCUGUUUUUCGUAUUGGCUUGCUUUGCCGCACUCAGUGUGACGUCAGCGAAAUGGAAAGUGUUUAAAAAAAUUGAGAAAGCGGGGAGAAAUAUUCGCGAUGGUAUAAUCAAAGCCGGCCCCGCUGUGGCAGUUGUAGGUCAAGCAGCGUCAGUGAUCAAAGGA